AUGAUAUCCUUCUUCGAAUCUCUCUUCCGUGCACGGAGUCGGAAAAUAACUGCCAUUUUUCUUUCUCUUCUAUUUUUCAUUUACAAUUCAGCUCGUACCUCUUCUCAGCCAAAUUUUGAUGGGGUCGUAAUAGUCGAACCCUGGAAGGAUCCAGGCAUAUCAACUUCCACACCCUCACCCUCACCCUCAGCCAAGUUAGCCUCAACAUCACAAUCAUGUCCACCCACAAUAGCGGAUAAUGACUUCUCCCCUCUCACGAUUCGCUGUCGCAUUCAAUCUGCGCAGGCACAGGCUCAAUCUAGUCUAAAGUCCCAGUCUUCUACACCCAAAGAAGCAGUGACUGAGUAUAUCCGUCGCUAUCAGAGAAAUCCUCCGAAAGGAUUCGAAAAAUGGGUCCAAUUUGCGCUAGAUCAUGGAUCUAAGAUAAUCGAUGACUUCGAUCAAAUUGAUCGAGACCUACUGCCCUACCGUACACCUGAAGCCCAGCAAGUUUUCCGUGAACUGAGCGCGAAAAAAGUCGAUAGUCCUCGCACGCGGCGUGUCACUGUUGAAAAUGGAACAAUGACUGCAUCCAUAUGGUAUAUGUACGAUGAUGAAUGGAGGAGACUACUCGAGCCAUUUGUCGAUGCAUUACCAGAUGGUACUUUCUUCAUGAGCACGAUCGAUGAACCCAGAGUACUUACCAGCGGGCAAUCACAUCCGGAUACCGUUCGAUUCCAUGAUCGCCCUGGACAGUCUAUAGAGGAUCUGAUCACUGAAUCAUGCGCUCAGAUCCCACGCAAUCUUACUGGCCGUCUUGGUGUCGCCAAAGAUGUUUGCCAAGCUACUCAUCCAGGAGAACUACAUGCUCUCAUCUCAUCGCCAAGCAGCUUUUCCUAUACUUAUUCACUUGCUCCUCUCCUGAGCUUCGGGCGCAUGUCCGCCUUUCGAGAUAUCUUGAUUCCGUGUCCAUGUUAUCUUGCCCAUGCGUUUCCGGAUAUACAAGAUCCCGUUCCGUUCUUAGAAAAGAAGCCUGGUGUCUAUUGGCGCGGCUCUUCGACGGGUGGGAAGGCGACGCGCUUCAACUGGCAAUUCGGGCACCGGGAAAGAUUCGUGUCUUUUAUCCAGUCACUUCAGAAUACAGCCAAGACGCUCGAUGCAGGACAGUUCUUCGGGGCAAAUAUUGAUGCUUUGGAUAGAAAGCAGAUCAAGCUUUUCAAAGAUGUUUUCGAUGUGCAUAUGGGCGCGUAUAUCCAGUGCGAUGACGAAGCCUGUAAAGAUAUGGAGCGCACACUGGGUCCAGUGGAUAUUGAGCCUGAGGAUACGGCCACCCACUAUCGGUACCUCUUUGAUCUUGAUGGAAACAGUAUGAGUACUCGAUUCUAUCGUCUCCUGGCUCAGAAUGCUGUGGUACUAAAGCAAACUUGGUUUCACGAAUGGCACGAUGAUCGCCUGGUCCCGUGGGCUCACUAUAUUCCAGUGACUAUGACCAUGGAAGAGCUCCCUGCGGUCAUCAGUUUUCUCAUCAAUGAUCCCGCUGGUGAGUCUUUAUCUGCUGAGAUUGCUGAGGCUGGGUCCUCUUGGUCACGAGAAGUUCUCCGGGAGAUCGAUAUGUCGAUCUACGUUUACCGACUGUUACUUGAAAUGGCAGACUUAUACGGUCAAGAGGACUCCGACCUAGUUGAACAAUUCGACUCCGAAUAA